AUGGGAAGGAGGCCAGCUCGCUGCUACCGGUACUGCAAGAACAAGCCGUUCCCCAAAUCGAGGUACAACCGUGGUGUCCCCGACCCAAAGAUCCGCAUCUUUGACCUCGGCCGCAAGAAGGCAAGCGUUGACGACUUCCCCUUCUGCUGCCACCUUGUCUGUGACGAGCACCAGCAGAUCACCUCGGAGGCACUCGAAGCUGCUCGCAUUUGCGCCAACAAGUACAUCACCAAGACUUCGGGCAAGGAUUCGUUCCACCUCCGUGUCCGUGUCCACCCUUUCCACGUCAUCCGUAUCAACAAGAUGCUUUCGUGCGCUGGUGCCGACAGGCUCCAGACGGGCAUGCGUGGUGCCUACGGCAAGCCGUACGACACCGUGGCCCGAGUCGACAUCGGCCAAGUCCUCCUCUCUGUCCGCACUAGGGAGAACAACCGUGCGGUCGUCAUGGAGGCUCUUCGCCGCUCCCGUUACAAGUUCGCUGGCCGUCAAAAGAUCAUCGUCUCCAAGCGCUGGGGCUUCACCAAUAUGAUGAAGGACGAGUACAAGCAGGCGAAGGAUGAAAACAAGAUCCUCAAGGACGGCUGCUACCUUCAGUACAUCAACAACCACGGUCAUCUCGAGGAGAACCUUCGGCUCCAAGCCCGCAUUGCUGCCCAGAAGUAA